AUGAGCUCUUUUGAGAAGGUUGUUGUCAUUGACGGAAAAGGACACUUGUUGGGAAGAUUGGCCUCCACUAUUGCCAAGGAGCUUCUCAACGGCCAGAAGAUUGUCGUUGUGAGAUGUGAGGCUCUCAACAUCUCUGGUGAAUUCUUCAGAAACAAAUUGAAGUACCACGACUACCUGAGAAAGAGAACCAGAUUCAACGCCAACAGAGGACCUUUCCACUUCAGAGCCCCAUCCAGAAUUCUCUACAAGGCUGUCAGAGGUAUGAUUUCCCACAAGACCGCCAGAGGUAAGGCUGCUCUGGAGAGAUUAAAGGUGUUUGAAGGUGUUCCACCUCCAUACGACAAGAAGAAGAGAGUUGUUGUUCCUCAGGCCCUGAGAGUCCUGAGAUUGAAGCCAGGCAGAAAGUACACCACUUUGGGCAAGCUUUCUUCCUCUGUUGGAUGGAAAUACGAGUCCGUCGUCGAUGCUCUGGAAGAGAAGCGUAAGGUUAGAUCUGCUGAGUACUACGCCAAGAAGAAGGCUCAACUUAGAAAGGUCACUGCUGCCAAGUCUGCUGUUGCUACAUCUGAGGCCUCUACCAAGCUUUCUGCUCUUGGUUACUGA